AAUUUUCGCGCGUUGAUGGGUUGUUCGAGAAAAACUAAUAGAAUUUAUACUUUUUAAUCAAUGUAAAUAUAGCUAGCAACUAUAGUUUAAUUAGUUAGCCUGCUCUUUUUAUCUUAUUAAUGAUCAUUUUAUAACCUUGGCUGGAGAGAAAGAAAAGAAGGUGAAGUAUUUUUAAAGACUCUGUCAUCCAACAUGGCAUCUGUCGAGGACGUCAAARCGCUACAUGAGCAAGGGCUAUUCACCAGUGCUCGGAUGUUGGCCAGCUGUCUAUUAUCAGAACAAGAAAAUGACAUAACUGACAAACAAGAUGCACAAAGUAUGGCUUCAAAGUACACAUUGAUGGUUAUAUUUGCUGACUGUUUAUUUGAAGAUGAACAAUAUAAGCGUGCCGAGAAUUACUACAAUAAAGCCUUACAGCUAAGAAAGGUCCUCAGCAAGAACAAAUCCAAAAUAACCUCUUCAAUGGGUCUUACCCCAGAAGUUCAAGUAAAAUAUAAAAUGUACCAAUGUUACACUUUUCUGAAAGAGCACAAAGAUGCAUUAGCUAUACUGGAAGGUGUUUCUCAGAAACAGAGGACACCUAAGAUCAAUAUGGCAUUAGCACAUCUAUAUCAAUGGCAAGGCAUGGAAAGGUCCUCUAUUUCAUGUUAUAAAGAAGUUUUAAGAGUUUGUCCAACUGCACUUGACGCUGUUAAAGGUUUACUGAAGCUUGGUUCAACAGCAACAGAAGUCAUUUCACUUGUUACAAAGAACCAACAGUCUACAGCAUCAGGAACCCCACCAUGUGACUGGUUAACAACAUGGAUAAAGGCACAAGCUCUUGAAGCAACCAAUAAACAUUCAAAGGCAGCACCCUCACUAAAGUCCUUGGAACAACAAGUAUUGCAUGACAAUGUAGAAAUAUUGUGUGACACUGCACAGAAUUUCUACAGAGCUGGKGACACUAAAAAUGCAAAGGCAGUGUUUCAAAGGGUUCGUGCGCUUGAUCCCAACAUGUUACAGGGAAUGGAUAUGUAUGCAAGCCUGUUAGCACAAGAUAACAAUGGAAAGGAGUUAGAACGACUUGCAAAGGAAUUGAUUCAGGUUACUCAAUUGAAGGCAGAACCAUGGAUUGCAAUGGCACAUUUUUGCAAUCUUACAAAUCGGAAACCAAGAGCAGUGUACUUUGCUCAAAAGGCCCAUACUAUUGAUGUACGUAAUGUGCAAGCCUUAAUACUAAAAGCAUCCCUACUUCAAACUCUUCGUAAGCAACAAGAGGCUUUGAUACACUACAGGGAAGCAGUUAAAGUAUCACCAACAAACUUUGAGGCCAUCAAAGGUUUGGUGGAGUGUUACAUGGCUGCUGAUAGGUACAGAGAUGCUAUGGCAGCUGCUAAGAAUGCACACAAGACACUUGGAGCAACUGCAAGGACAUUGACGCUUUGUGCCACUGUGAUGAUGCAUGAAUCAUCAAACAAUGAUAAAGCCAAAACAAUGCUAGAAAAGGCUUUAAAUUUAGAUCCUUCAUCCACUGAUGCAGUWUGCCUUCUUGCUGAAGUACAUGGGAAAAAACAAGAGUACAACAAAGCUAUUGAUAUAUUGAGGAAACAUCUUAUAAACCAUCGGACAGCAAGACUCCAUCAGUUAUUAGGAGAUUUUCUGGCUGCUACCAAUGAAUACCAGGAAGCAUUAGAUCAGUAUACCAAAUCACUCAGUCUAAAUCCAGGAUACAGUAAAGCUAUUGAGGGAAUUCAAAAUGUUGAGAAAAGGAAUGAAUCUGUAGACUUGGACAGUGAUGAUGAUGCCCUUGAUGCUAAUAAUGCUGAUGUUAUAAGCCUUGAAGAGGAUGAAGAUGCUGCUUCAUGGACAUCACAAGAUCUCCAAGGACCAUUGUUUUGAGAAAAGGCAUGAAGUGAGUCAAUAAUGGCUGAUGUUAGAUAAUUAGACGGAUUGAGUUUAAGCGACAAACAAAAUGAUGGAAGUAUUUGGGAAUGCUAUUUGUAAUUCAAAUGUAUACUUAGUGAGAAAUAGUGUUUGUAAAUAAGUCUGCAUCUUUGUAUGGAUCAUUUUAGAUGGUGCUUCUAAGAUUAAUACAAUUUUUCUACAAAUUAAAGUAUAUUACAUGGUGUAUAAGACAURUGCAGUGAGAUUCUCAUUGUAAAAUAUCAAUUAUAAUUCAUGUAUCAUUAUAAGGCAUUUAAUAAUUUAAUGCUAAAAUGCUUACGRCUAUUGAUUGAAUAAAGAGUAUCAAUUAUAAUUAAAAAUGAUUCAUCAGAACAUGGUCUCAUKCUGCAGUUUAAUGUUUCAUAUAAUAAUCAGGGUCAGUGCAGAGUAUCAAAAACGAAAUUUAAGGACUUUUCCACGACUUUUCCAGGACCAAUAUUGUAUUUUCACGGAGCAUCAAAAUCAUGCUAAUUGUACAUUCUUACCUCAAAACUUCAGCCGAACAGAAUAAGUCAGAGAUCACUAGAGAGAGAUCCAUCUUUUUCAAGGAGUUUUCAAGGACUUUUUCGAAAUUUUCAAAUUUUCAAGGAGUUUCAAGUGCCCUUGAAAAUGAGUUUUCAAUUCAAUCACUUUUCAAGGAUUUAAGGACCUGCACGGACCCUGAAUAAUUUACACGGUGACCAAUACAUUCCCAUGUGCAUACUAGAAACAUGUACAGCUGUACAGUUCAUGUCAAGCCACCUGGUAGACUUUUGUAUUAUUAAGCAGUUUAGAAAGMAAAAAGUUAAAAAUGCAAUCAAGCGCAAUUGCUGAUGAGAGUUACAUUUUACUGCUUUCCUCAUGAAUGAUUAUAUAUUAUUAUAACAAUACAUGACUGU